CCGCCCACAUAGGCAACAACAGCCAGCCCUCCCCCACACGCCCCCUUCCUUCCCAACCCCCCUCUCUCUCCCCACGCCUAAACCACACCGAAUCCAAACCCUACGCCCUCGCCUCCGCCGCCGACCUCGCCCUCGCCCCCCGCCCACCGAUCGCCCGCUCCCUCCCCGCCCGCGCCGCCGCGCCGCGCCGUUCCUGUGGCCGGCAGGGCAGCGCGGCCGCCGGCAUCUAGGCGCCACCACCCCCGCGGCCGGCCGCCCCCUUUGAUGUCUCCCGCCCGCCGCCUCGGCUCCCUCUGCUCCCAGGCGGGUCCCCGCGCGGUCAGCUCCACCCCCACAUCCGCCCAGUGCACGGCAUCCACACCGCAGCGGAGAUGAGCGGCGCCGACAAGGUCGUGUUGUUUGGGUCCUUCACGGAGGAUGAGACAAAGUUGUUCCAGGGGCAGCCUGCUAAAAGUGAGGAGAAAUCAUGGGAACUACCUGAGAUCCAGUUUGGGUCACUGAAUUUUUCUGUGCUAAGUUUAGAGAAAGUGUCGAAUGCCAUCACUGAAGGCUGUGCCCAUUCUCCAAAACCAACUUAUGGCCAUACAAAGGAUCUCGCUGGCAGUGAUCAGAAGGAAACUGUAACAUCUAGCUUACCAAAUGGUGGACCAGUGCUGUUCAAUGGAUUUCCUGCCGACGUUUCUCCUACUAAUGGUAUUCUCAAGAAUGUGAAGUCUGAAGCUUCGGUUCCUUCAGCUGGGCUGGCCAGCAAUUUAAAGGAGACCAAAGCAACGGUUCCUUCAGCUGGCCCUGUGAGCAAUGUAAAGAAGAAUGAAACUCCAGUUCCUUCAGCUCAUCCUGUCAACGAUGUAAAGAAGAAUGAAGCUAGGCCGAUCAACAAUGUAAAGAAGGAAUGUACGGCCCCUUCAGCUGGGCCUGUCAACAAUGUGAAGAAGGCUGAAGCCACCGCUCCUUCAGCUGGGCCUGUCAACAAUGUGAAGAAGGCUGAAGCCACCGCUCCUUCAGCUGGGCCUGUCAACAAUGUGAAGAAGGCUGAAGCUACCGCUCCUUCAGCUGGGCCUGCCAACAAUGUGAAGAAGGCUGAAGCCACCGCUCCUUCAGCUGGGCCUGCCAACAAUGUGAAGAAGGCUGAAGCUAUGGUUCCUUCAGUUAAGCCUGCCAACAAUGUGAAGAAGCCUGAAGCUAAGGUUCCUUCACCUGGGCCUGUCAACAAUGUGAAGAAGGCUGAAGCUAUGGUUCCUUCACCCGGGCCUGUGAACAAGGUUGAAGCUGCGGCUCCUUCACCCGGGCCUGCCAACGAUGUAAAGAAGACUGAAUCUGUGGUUCCUUCAGUUGCGCCUAUCAAGAGCAUUAGCAGUUCAACGCCAAUUGCUGGGUCAGGGCCGCACCAUGUUGGUCUCAGAUGUACAGAAAGCAGCGGUUCAGCUAUGUUAGUAACUGAGAAUGGAAGUGCAGGUGCUGAUGCACCUAUUAUUGCAGCUCCAGCAGAUGAGUCUGUCACAAGUUCAAAUGAGGAGAAUAAGCCUUUGCUUCCUCACGGUUUGAAGAAUACUGGAAAUAUAUGCUUCCUAAAUGCAACUUUGCAGGCUUUCCUUUCAUGCUUUCCUUUUGUUCAGCUUGUACAAGACCUGAAGAACCGGAAUAUACCCAAGGCUGGCUACCCUACUCUGAGCGCGUUCAUUGAGCUCGUCUCUCAGUUUGAUGUACUUGAUGAGUCCACUAUGAAGAAAGACGAGAGGUUUGCUUUAGUCGCUGCAAAAGUAAUCAAUCCUACCAUGUUUGAUCAAGUUCUGAGAAAUUUUACUCCAGAUGUACCGGCUGGAACAUCUGCUCGGCCAAGACAAGAAGAUGCCCAAGAGUUUCUAAGUUUUGCCAUGGAUAGAAUGCAUGAUGAACUGUUGAGGCUUAAUGGCAAUGGUUUAAAUUCAAAGGAAGGUAUGGUUGUUUCUUCUGAUGAUGACGAUGCCUGGGAGACUGUAGGUAGGAAGAACAAAUCUGCAAUCAUGAGAACGCAGAGUUUUGUCCCCUCCGAUCUAAGUGCUAUUUUUGGAGGCAAGCUGCAAAGUGUAGUGAAAGCUGCAGGUAACAAAGCGUCAGCAACCGUUCAGCCUUUCCUGCUGCUCCAUCUUGAUAUAUUUCCAGAUGCUGUUCAAACGCUUGAUGAUGCACUUCAUCUGUUUUCCACCCCCGAAUCUUUGGAAGGAUACAGAACAACUGCUGGAAAGGCCGGAGUGGUGACAGCUAGGAAAUCAUUCAAGAUACACGAACUUUCGAAGAUAAUGAUACUGCAUUUGAAGAGAUUCAGUUAUGGAAAUCGUGGGUGUACUAAACUGUACAAGCCACUCCACUUCCCUCUUGAACUCGUCCUUAAUCGGGACCUGCUGAGCUCACCAUCAUCAGAGGGUAGAAGAUACGAGCUCGUUGCAACCAUCACUCAUCAUGGGAGUGGCCCGGCCAGGGGCCAUUACACCGCUGAUGCCAAGCGUGACGGUGGGCAGUGGCUUCGGUUCGAUGAUGGACAUGUCAUGCCCAUCCAUGUGAACAAGGUCUUGCACAACCCAGCAUAUAUCCUGUUCUACAAGCAAGUGUAAGUCUGGGGUUGCCAUGUGGUUGAUCAUCUUAUUGCUGGACCAGUCAAGUCAUACUGUCUAACUAUCGUUGUGUUAAUGGUAGCUCGCAGAGUCGAGUGUGUCAAGUACCCUGGUUGGUUGCGUGACUCUAUUUAUAUAUAUAUGCCUGGUAAUGUAGUGAUGAGGGGGGUGGGCUUUCCCGCUCAGCCCAUUUUUGAGGUCCUGUAAAAUGCACCUGCUCAUCUUGGUAACCAUGAGGUUGCUAUUCAUCCCGA